AUGGAUCAGUUCUUCCUGUCAGACGCGAUGGCCGCAACCAAGUUGGCGUCUAUCUCACAACCAAUCUGGGGGUGGUCUAUGGCUUUGGUCAAGAUAUCCUUCUCCCUGAUGCUUCUUCGAAUCUCUCCCUCGAAAUUCAUGAAGCGCUUCCUCUGGUCCAUGAUCGGUCUGCAGAUCAUACUUGCAAUCUACAACACGCUAGCAACACUACUGCAAUGUAUACCGGUCGAAAAAGCAUGGGAUUUACUCGGAACAGUUGAAGGCCAUUGCUGGAGCAGGACAGGAGUCAGAAUCAGCUCGAUAACCGUCUCCGUCAUCCAUAUCCUCACCGACUUCAUACUCGCCCUCCUUCCCAUAUCCUUCCUUCGUGGGAUUCAGCGCCCUGUUCGCGAACGCGUUAUCGUCGGCGCACUCAUGGGACUCGGCUUCUUCACGGGUGUGGCAUCGAUCUUGAAAAUCAUCGCUGCCAUGAACUUUGGCAAAACGGGCGACCCGAUGAACGAAAGCAUCAUCGUCGGCAUGUGGUCCGCUAUCGAGGAGCUCGUGGGUUUCAUCGUCAUCUGCAUACCGACUCUACGCUCGCCGUUUCAACAUGUACUGCGUUACCUCGGCGUCGCCAGUGUUCGGCUCAAGAAUCACACCUUCUCCCGCGGCUACGGACGUACACAAGAGUCGGAGGCCAAUAGGGACACGUUUCGAAGUCAAAGCCAGAGCCGCCUUGCUACUGUCGAAGGAGACGAAGAGUCUGGCUACAAAAUGAAGGAGUUGCACGCGACGGAGGGGUCGGAGGGAUCGGCGGACGAGAUGCAUUGGCGCGCUAGUGGUAACGAGAGGAAUACGGGCAAUGGCGAGAUAUGGUGCACGCACGAGGUCGUAGUUCAGCGAACCUCUCUUAGCGGAAGGCCGUCGCUUGACAACGUUCAUGAAGGUGCAGAUGCGCCUUGGAAGGGAGAACCGUUGGAAUUUGACUUGGGCUUGGCAAGCAGGCACUUAAGUCGUUAA